CGUUCGGCGGAGGGAACGUGCUGUUGUCCGAGGGGGUAGCGGCGAGCCUCGACAGAGCAACCUGGAUGGACUAACACCAAACUGUUGAAAACUAAUUUAUUCCCCCAUGUGUGCGGAAUAACUAUUCGAACCCUAUACUAUAUCUCAUAUAUAAUCGCACACAGAAACAAGUCUUCCUCACAAGUCCUAAGACAGUUCGCUGGCUAGCACAACUGAGGCAAAACUCAAGCGAAACCAGCACGGAGCUUGUUCACAGACUAGCAGAAAUCAUUAGCCAGAGUAAAUUAAAGGAAGGCGCGUUUUCGUGAUGAAGGAUAACUGGAGGAGCCGUUAUCGAUAAGAGUGUCAGCAUUAUAGUUUGUGAAGUCAUGUUCGUCGUGGAUUCCAUCGUUGGCUGAAGUAUAACGUUAGCUACAUUGCGAUUUCAAACUUUCGUCUGCUAGCCAGCUAGCUUCGAGGGUAUUCGAGGCCUACGCUAGCGAGCUAGCUUGGUGUCGUUAAUCAGUCUGUCGCCACAGCGUUUGGCGCGUGUUCUGUCAUCGAGGAGAACACGACAGAAGCAAAAAUGUCGGCUCAAGCGCAGAUGCGGGCGAUGCUCGACCAACUAAUGGGCACUGGAAGAGAUGGGGACAGCAUGCGCCAGAGAAUAAAGUUUACUGAUGAGAGGGUCUGCAAGAGUCACCUGCUGAAUUCAUGUCCUCACGACAUACUCUCUGGCACUAGGAUGGACUUGGGAGAAUGUGAGAAGGUCCAUGACCUGGCCCUCCGGGCGGACUAUGAAAUUGCGUCCAAACAGAAGGAAUUCUUUUUUGAGCUAGAUGCAGCAGAACAUCUGCAGUCAUUCAUCGCUGACUGUGACAGAAGGACCGACCUUGCCAAGAAACGUCUUGCAGAGACACAAGAGGAGAUAAGUGCUGAAGUUGCAGCAAAGGCGGAGCGUGUGCACGAGCUGAACGAGGAGAUUGGAAAGCUGCUAGCGCGAGCAGAGCAGCUCGGCGGAGAAGGAAACGUGGACGAGGCGCAGCUGGUGCUCGAGAAUGUGGAGAAGACUAAAGCCAUGAAGAAGGAGGCCGAGGAUGUUUACAGAAACUCCAUGCCAGCUUCAAGCUUCCAGCAGCAGAAACUCCGGGUGUGUGAGGUGUGCUCUGCCUACCUUGGUCUCCAUGACAAUGACCGGCGCCUGGCGGACCACUUUGGAGGAAAGCUGCAUUUGGGAUUCAUAGAAAUUCGCGAGAAGCUUGAUAAGCUUAGGAAAUCUGUGGCAGAGAAACAGGAAACGAUGAGGACCAGGAGACGGGAGGAGCGAGACAAAGAAGAGCAACAGGAGAGGGAGUGGGAACGCGAACGAGAGAGAGAGCGUGAGAGGGAAAGGGAGAGGGAAAGAGAGCGAGAGAGAGAAAUGGAGAGAGAACGAGAACGACGUAUAGACCGAGAGAGACGGAGAUCAAGAUCCAGAAGUGCGGAGAGAUACAGGGAUGGAAGCAGCUCUUCUCGCCAUGCAAGACGUCACAAGUCGUCGCGGUCGCGUGAGGAGGGAGGGGAGAGGGAUAGAGACAGAGACAGAGAGAGGAGGCACAGACACAGGCACAAGGACCGGCAUCGCUCACGCUCCCACUCUCACCCUCACUCCCACAAGAGCAAGAAGAAGAGGUCGUCCAGGGACCGCUCGCCCCACCAGAGGGAGAGGGGCUACUCUCCGGGCCAGGAGGAGAUGGGCCAAGAGGGCAUGGGCCAAGAGGGCAGCCGCGGCGGCAUGAAUGAGGUGCCUCCGCACAGGGACACGGAGAGGCUGAUGAUGGACGAGGAGUGGUCGGCCUCCCCAGACGUGCCCAGGGGCCGCGAGGAGCACUCGCCCUCCCCGGACAGGCGCUCCAGUUCAGAAGAGCGGGAGUCCGGGGAGCUCUAGAACAAAAAGACCGGGAUUGGGAAGAACGGUUUACCGAGCCACUGAGAGCAUGUGUGCAGGGCAGAUGGAGGUGGUGUGUGUGUGUGUGUGUGUGUGUGUGUUGAAUGCGUGUGUGUGCCUGCGUGUGAGAAUGUGAGCAUGUGUGGAUGACUGAUGUACAUUUACUACUAUAUGAAUUGUGGGUGGCAGCAGCAGGAGGGUGAGGACCAGGGUCAGGGCCAGGGCCAGGGCGAGGUUAACGGGUUUGGGCAGAGCAAGACGAGGUGCCUGACGAGCAGAGGGAGCUGCAGUGUAGGGAACAUACAUGUGUAACCAGACGUGGAAGGUCGAUUACCUCAGCGUUGGUAGACCAUCUCCUUUGAGGAGGGCGUAGAGUGGCUGAGUGGAGUGGAGGUGGUGCAAGAUGGAGUGGAAUGUGGAGAUCCUACCAAAGGCUUCAUUUUAGCUUUUUUUUUUUUUUUUAGUACAUUUUUUUUUUUAAACUGAAAUCAUUGUUUAUGGAUACUUGCUCCCUUGUCACCGCUUAGGCCGGGGACAUGCUUGCUGUCUGACUUAAAUUUACGCACGCAACUGUGUGCGACUGAGUGCACAUACAUGCCAAAAGACCUAUCAGAGAUCUACGCACGAUACUGGAGGUAUCACAUAGUGUCAAAAUAGACAUAAAUUGUGUGCUUAUCCUGCAGCAAGCACGUCCCCAGCUUUAAUUGUAUAAGCGAUGGCUGUAUGUGUCCAAAUCCCCAAAACUCCUCUACAAAUACAGUGUAUAUUCGUAUGGAUUUUUUUUCUUUCUUUCUUUCUUUUUGAGAUUUACUGGCCACUGGUCGCCAAACAGUCUCACCUACAAUCCCCUAUGGUCAGACCAGAGAAGUGUUUCAAGUAAAUGGUCAAGUGACAAUACAGGGUGAUUAAAGGGUAAAUCUCUCUAUUAAAAAAAAGUACCCUGUGAAUUUGAUCUUCUGGCACUAUUAACAACUCUAGAACUACUCUCUCUGUACUUUGAGUUGAUUUACAAACAGGAUUGUCACUGAACUAUUUGCUUCUAACAUACGUGCCCUUGUUUCAUCUUCUUGCCACUAAAAUGUAUUCCACUCCGAGUAGCAGAGACUGAAAGAUUGUCAUGCAGUCUUGCCAACAAAUACAUGGUUCUGAUGGUGCAGAGCGGGAAGCAAAAAUAAAUCUCCACUUGACUUCA